GUGAGAUAGUCACUCAAUUGGGGGCUUCAUUUAUACGACUUCACACCUCAAGCUCAAAUAAUCACUGACUACGGUGGGAAUUGUGUGUGGUGAAAGUGACUUAAUAAGAUUGUCUGUGAUGUCGACAAAAGGGACAUCUGAAGAUUCCUCAGAAGUGCAUCAGAAUGAUGGGAGCGAUGGGAAGAGCUUCGAGGAAGCCAUUUCAGCGACAGGCUUUGGUCUGUACAACAUCCUCCUCGUUGCAACGAGCUUGAUUUGGUUCUCGGCCUCACUCAACAUCACCACAUCGCCUGGCCUUAUAAUGCCCAUUGCACAGUGUGAUCUUGAUUUGGACCUCGACCGCAAGGGGUGGCUCAACUCAAUUGUCUACUUGGGGAUGAUCUUUGGGGCAAGUAUUUGGGGUGUUGUAGGGGAUAUGUUUGGGCGGAAAAUCAUCAUUACGGGUGGUUUAUUCCUCCUCGGGACCUUCAACAUUCUCUACGGCUUCACCACAUCCUACUACAUGCUGGUCAUCCUUGAAUUCUUUGCUGGUUUUGUUGCCAGUGGACCAAUAGGUGCAUACAUGGUGUACGUGCCCGAAUUCCUCGGUGUCAAGUAUCGUGCUCGAGUUAUGGUCUUUGUGUGCAGCUUCAUAACAUUGGGUGCCAUAGUUUCGAUGCUCUUCGGGCUUUUAAUACUCACACAGUCCAUCAAUAUCUCAAUUGGCAGCAGAGAAUAUCAUUCAUGGCAGGUGUACUACUGGGCGUGCAGCUCAUUCGGACUUAUUGGUGGAUGUCUAUCUUUGCUUUUCCCAGAGAGCCCAAAGUACCUCAUGUCUCGUGGGAAAAAUGCUGAAGCACUGAAAGCCCUUCAACGUAUUUACAGCAUAAACACGAGAAAAAGCUCCGAAUCAUAUCCCAUUAAAAGUCUACGCGAUGAAUCCCAGAGCAAUGGACAGAGUCAUCAGAGUGUUGAAAGUGGCGAGAAGAGUGAAAAGGAUGCAAAAGCACCAAGUCACAUUUUCCGCAAAGCUUUUGGACAAUUCAUUCCAAUUUUCCAGCGUCCCUACCUCUUCAAUUGCCUUCUCGCUGGUUUCAUUGAGUUUUUCCAGCUUUUGGGAGUUAAUACAAUGAGGUCAUGGAUGCCACAGGUAUUUGCUCUUCUCACGACAAACACCAGCCCGGAUGAGGGCGUCUGUGAGCAUAUUUUCCAGCCACCUCCUGAUGCCACGACAACGCCGGAAAAUCAAAUCUGCGAAGUGCUCAGCGACAAGAGUAUCUACGUGAACUCGAUAAUAGUACAAGGUGUUGGGGUGCUGGGCGUCUUCGUGGCGGUCUAUUUGGUCACAAUUGUUGGAAAUAAAACCAUCCUCAUUGUGACCACCACUGUGGCAGGGAUUGCCUCCCUGGCCAUCUACUUUGCCGCCAAUUCCAUGACCAUUGUUAUCCUGUACAGCCUAGCGGUGGGGAUUGUCUUCUCCGGUCAGGCAUCAUACAACAGCAUUCUGGCUAAUCUUGCCCCAACGUCCAUUCGCUUCACCGUGAUCAGUGUCUCCAUUACCCUAGGACGCCUGGGAUCAACAGUGGGGAAUCUCAUCUUCCCAAAUCUCAUGAAAGUCGGCUGCUGGCCACCCUUUGUGGCCAUGUCACUCGCAUAUCUCCUUUCCGCCUUUAUGUGCUUCUUUCUGCCCAAGACGACGAGACAACCUCUUCAAUAGCAUUUUAUGUAUAAGGCAGUUAAAGGGUUGGAUUUUUUUAAAAGAUAAUCAUGCUGUUAUAAAGGAAAUAAUCAUGUCAGAAUAAAAUGACGAGAUCAGACAUCUUCGCAGACGUUCAACGAUAAAAGCGAGCAAUGAAAUAAAGCAUCUCAUCAAUUUACUUACCCAACAGCAUCUGUGUGCACAUAAUCAUAAACCAAGAAUGUUAUGCUGCAUGCAAUCGCUUCAAUAAAUCAUGUUGGUUCACUCAUUUUA